CUCAGAACUCUUUAAUGUUUUAUAGGAUGAUUACGGAGACCGGUAGUUUAUAAUUUUAACGCCUUAGAACGGGAGAAAGUUAUUUAUUUUGAUUAUCCAGCGAACAGAAUGUACCACAGGACACUUGCAGUUCGUUUAGCGUAUGGUUCCAUGUCGCUUUUCAUAGCGAUUCUCCACAAUGUGUUCCUUCUGUAUUACGUAGACAUAUUUGUUUCCGUUUACAAAAUUGAUCGUAAUUCUUUUUGGCUCGGAGAGGCAAUAUUUCUAGUAUGGAAUUCUCUGAAUGAUCCACUUUUCGGCUGGCUGAGUGAUCAUAGAGCCCUUGGAAAAAAUCAGUCAAGCCUGAGCCAAUCAGAGAUUGUACAAAAGCGUUUUAGGUCACUUAUAACAUAUGGACCACUGUUUACACUUGCUUUCUUUUGCAUAUGGUUUCAGUGGUGUCAUCCAUCAAUCCAGUUUGUUAUCUGUCUGUGUUUGUACGAUGGUUUCUUAACAAUGAUUGACUUGAACCAUCUGGCAUUGCUUGCUGACUUGGCUUUGUCAUCAGAAGAUCGGACUGCCCUUAACUGGUACUGCUCAGUGUUCAGUGGAUGUGGCUCAAUGUCUGUGUUUCUAGUCAGAGGCUGAUCAGACUCUUGAGCUAAAGAUUUUUGUCAAGCAAUUGAUGAAUCAUUCAAACUUUAUCUGGUUUGCUCUCAUGAACUUAAUACAAGUGUUUCACUGCCAUUUCAACAGUAACUUCUUUCCUUUGUUUCUCGACAAGCUACUGGGAGACUCAAUUUCUCCUCAGACAGGCGCCAUUUUGUUGGGUGUGUCCUUUGUUGCUCCUCAUAUCAACAACCUAUAUUUCCUGGGUCUUUGUCGUCGCUUUGGAGUGUACACUGUAAUCAAGUGGCUGUUUUACGUUAAGCUUUCUCUUAGCGUGAUCAUGCUCAUGGUCGGUCCCAAUUGGCCUGGUUUGCUUUGUUUUUACAUAGCGAGUAAUCGCGUUUUCACCGAGGGAACAUGCAAACUUCUUAAUCUGAUCAUCAGUGACCUCGUGGACGAAGACUUUGUUCUUCACAAUCGUAAACAAGCUAUAUCAGCGCUGAUAUUUGGAACUUCUGCACUCUUCUCGAAGCCUGGCCAAACACUAGCUCCUCUGAUAGGAACAUGGCUUCUGGCGAAACAAACAGGCCAUUCUCUCUUUUACUCAGACGAUCUUUGGGCGUCUUCAUCCACCGACAGAACUAGUUUCCACGACAGUGCAAAUAGCUCUUUACGCUGGGGCUGCUUUUAUGUACUUGUUUACGUGCCUAUUGCGUGCGCGUGUAUUCAGAUCCUCGCGUGGACGAGGUUUAAACUUCACGGAAGCAGAUUGCAAUGGGUAAAACAAAUGCGCGAAGGACGCUGGUUCCCUUUUGCAGAGGUUUAGAACAUUUUAGAAAAAAAGAGGGUUUUAAGUAAUAUACCGUAGAUAAAACCAGAGAAAUUGUUCUGGCGAACAAGGGCAAACGAAGCUGUUAUUUGAAAAUUAAAGGACUCAAUAAGGAGUCAAAUCAAAUAGGCACAAAUGGAGCCAGCGCACUGGGUUUUCAGGCGUUUUUUGCUCUCCGUCGUGUUGUUAUUUCUGAGAAAUGAAUUAUGAAAGAGAGGGUAACAAGUUAUUUCUUAUCAAGAUAAAUAUAUUUUGGAAAUUCUUGUUAUAAAUAGAAGGGUAUAUAGAAUACAAAGUAUCUUAAUGAACACAGUAGUUUUUCUUUAAACAUCGUGUUUGAUUCUCUCGGUUUUCUUUGUAGAGGGGUAAGUUUCUAAACAAACUGUGGUGCUGCGUCGGUAGGAGAGUGUAACAAGGAAAUUUGGUAUUAUCAACUGAGUUGAUAACGUAAAUUGGCUAAGAUAAAGAGUUUCAAAGCUGACGUUUCGAGCGUUGGCCCUUCGUCAGAGCGUAGGACGCCGGUCAAUUUGCUCGCUCUGACGAAGAGCUCACGCUCGAAACGUCAGCUUUGAAACUCGUAAUGGUGGCCAAUUUAUGUUGUCAACUCAGUUAAUAAUAGCAAUUAUUUUUGUAGUGGACGUUCGUAAGUAACUAUGACAGACACAUAAAGCCAGGAAUACGUGACUGA